CAUGCAUAUAUGCAAAAAAUAAUAUUCUAUUUUAAUAAUUCUUUGUUUUUCUUAACCAGCCGGUCGAUUUGAACUUCCAUUAUUCAUUGUUUUCAAGGUUUUAUUCUCUCUCCAUCUUUCAUUUGUUUCUCUCUCUAGAAAAAAACCCAACUCAAGAUGUUCAUCAUGAGAUCCAGGGCAAAUCAAGAUUAGGGCAGUUAAUUAAUUGAUUUGGGGGAAGAAAAAAAAAAGGGGGGGUUGAUUAAUUUUAAUUUUAAUUUUAAUUUCUUGGUGUACACCUCGAAAUUAAUUUAGCAUGAUUAGUUAUUUCAGUUAAUUCGUAGUAGAUUUGAAAAGAUGAGAUCCAUAGAGGAUAAAGGGUGUUUGAAUAACACAACCACCACCACCACCACCGCCGCACAGGAGAAUAUUCCGGCAAGUGGCGGCGGCGGUGGCACUAGUUGUAUGAGUUUCGAGUUCCACAAGAGCAGCAACAACGGCCUAAACCGAACCGCCUCCUCCCACCACCGGACCGCCCUAGGAAAGCAGCCCACUCCGUCGAAAUGGGACGACGCCCAGAAAUGGCUGGUGAAUCUCUCGAGGGGGGAAAGGAAUAUUCCGGCGAAAGCCUCCCCUCGAAACUCCAACGCCGACGACCGGAGGCUCAUCGCUCCGGUCCCCGACGAAGGGGUAAAUGUGGAAACCAAGAAUGUCGACAUCGACGAGUCGGUUUGGAAGAUCAAUUAUAAGCCCGCGAAUAAUAAAAACAGCACUUCUAAAUCGGCGGUUAGAUCGGUAUGCGUGAGGGAUAUGGGAACCGAAAUGACCCCCAUCGCGAGUCUAGAACCUUCUAGAACGGCCACUCCGAUUAGGGCUACGACUCCAGCUGUCCGAAGCCCUGUUUCGUCGGGGGCCUCCACCCCCGCUAGGUGUACGAAUGGGGCGGGGGUGGUGGGCCCCGAGAGUGGUCAAUUAAGUAUUCCGAAAUCGAGCGAGAGGAGAGGUGAGGUAGUAAUUGGGAAGGGUAGUGGAGAAGAGUUUCGCGGUGAAUUAAAUACGGUUGAGAUUAAGAGCGACGAUUAUCAAUCGAGUAAGAUGAAUCCGCUCGAAAUUCGAGCUGUUGCUUGGGAUGAAGCCGAGCGUGCCAAAUAUAUGGCGAGGUACAAACGCGAAGAAGUGAAGAUUCAAGCUUGGGAGAAUCAUCAGAAACGGAAAGCUGAAAUGGAGAUGCGAAAGAUAGAGGUGAAAGCGGAAAGGCUAAAAUCGAGAGCACAGGAGAAGUACACGAACAAGAUAGCAUCGACACGAAGAAUAGCAGAAGAGAAACGAGCAAACGCAGAGGCUAAACUAAACGAGAAAGCUGUCAAGACUUCUCAAAGAGCGGAUUAUAUACGAAGAACCGGUCAUCUUCCGUCUUCUUUCUCGUUUUAUAAGUUGCCUUCAUUUUGCUGGUAGCAAUUUUUAUUUAUUUAUUUUUGUACAUUUUGCCAAUUUUAUGUGUACUUAUACAUUUUUAAUUAUUAUCUCAAUUCCACUUUAUAUAUAUGUUUUGUCUCUAA